CAUUAUAUACUUGUGUAUUUCAGGCCGAAGAGCCAACAACUGACCUUGAGUUAGACAAUGACCAUGGUCUAACCUUGAAGCCUGUUGAUGGCGUGAAGAGCAAAUUAGUCAAGGUAAAUAACGUCAUGGUAGGAAAGGUCAAGGACAGACUCAUUAAGGGCAAAGCUUCUCUAAAGGCUGAUCAGCAACCUGUUAUAAAUCUCCUGAGAAAGAAAAGAAACAUCAAUUUCUUGAUAGAAAGGCUUGAUAACAUGGUUGAUAAUUCAAAAGACUUAAAUCAUAUUGUUGAGCAGGGUAAAGCAAUGUUUGGAGGAGGUGAUGAUCAUGAUUUGGUGAACCAUGUUAAGGAUUUCAUUGGUCAAGAUGGGACUGAUACGAUUAAGCAUGGAGGAAAAAUACUAGGAGGUGAUGGUCAUGAUUUGGUUAACCAUGUAGAAAAAAUUCUAGGUGGUGAUGGUCAUGAUUUGGUAGCACAUGGAGCAAAACUGCUUGGAGGAGAUGACCAUGAUUUGGUAGACCAUGGAAAGAAAUUGAUUGGAGGAGAUGACCAUGAUUUAGUAGACCAUGGAGUUAAACUGCUUGGAGGAGAUGACCAUGAUUUUUUAGACCAUGGAAAGAAAUUGAUUGGAGGUGAUGACCAUGAUUUGGUGGACCAUGGAAAGAAAUUGAUUGGAGGUGAUGACCAUGAUUUGAUACCACAUGGCAAAAAGAUUCUUGGAGGAGAUGACCAUGAUAUGGUAGAUCAUGGGAAGAAAUUGAUUGGAGGUGAUGACCAUGAUUACAUAGACCAUAAGAAGAAAUUGAUUGGAGGUGAUACCCAUGAUUAUGCAGAACAUGUAAAGAAAUUGAUUGGAGGUGGUACCCAUGAUUAUUUAGACCAUGGGAAACAGAAGAAACCUAGUAAGAAUCUUGGAAGAGAUGGCCAUGAUUAUUGUCAUAGAGGGAUGUUCAAUGAGUUCAAGGCUAAAUUCAACAAGUUGUAUGGUAGUGCUAAAGAGGAAGAGAAGCGUUACACAAGGUUCUGUAUCAACAUGAGAAUGGCCCGGAAGUUACAGGAGACUGAGCAAGGCUCGGCUAUCUACGGAGCAACAAAGUUUGCUGAUCUUACAAAGGAGGAGUUCCAGCAAUAUGUAGGCAAGAAAUGGGACAUUACAGCUAACCAGGGAAUGAAGAAAGCUGCAAUACCAAGAGGAAGUGCCCCUGAUUCUUUCGACUGGAGGGAGCAUGGUGCUGUUACACCUGUCAAAAAUCAGGGAAGUUGUGGAAGUUGUUGGGCUUUCUCCACCACUGGUAACAUUGAGGGGCAAUGGGCCAUCAAGAAGAAAAAGCUUGUCUCGCUCUCAGAACAAGAGCUUGUAGACUGUGACAAGGUUGAUGAGGGAUGUAAUGGAGGAUUGCCAUCACAGGCAUACAAGGAAAUUGAAAGACUUGGUGGUCUGGAAACUGAGAAAGAUUACUCGUACAGGGGCGAGGAUGAGAAAUGCCACUUCAACAAGACAGAUGUGAAAGUCUACAUCAAUGACUCUGUCUCAGUAUCCUCUGAUGAAGCAGAAAUGGCAUCAUGGCUAGCAGCUAAUGGACCCAUCUCUAUUGGUAUCAAUGCCUUUGCUAUGCAGUUUUACAUGGGUGGGAUCUCUCAUCCUUGGAAGAUAUUCUGUAAUCCGAAAGAUCUUGAUCACGGAGUGCUGAUCGUUGGAUACGGAGUCCAGGAUGACAAGCCUUAUUGGAUCGUUAAGAACAGCUGGGGACCUGACUGGGGCGAAAAGGGUUACUAUCUUGUGUACAGGGGAGCUGGAGUAUGCGGUCUAAACACAAUGUGUACAUCUGCUGUCGUUGACUAAAUUUUGGAUGAAAACAAUUGACUGCUGUGUAAUAGAUCUUUCUGAAUGUUGAUCUGCUUUUCGAUAAUCCUAUAUGCUGAAUACGUGAUCUGACUGAUUUUUUUUGUGAUAUUUGUUUUUGACUGCUGUAUAUGCAUUAACAGUUCAGUUACAAAAUCAUACCAGUUUCAGUUUUGUUGAAGUGUUGUUG